AUAGGAUUUUGUCAACGUGACUGGAAGGAUUCUCGCAUGGUCUCAACAGGACUGCCUGUAGUGGGUAAUAUAAAGCCGACCACGGGUUCACCGGCGUUUGUAGAACUUGAUCACCACGGAUACGAACAGAAGGAUGUCCACAGCGUCUUACUCGGAGAGGAUCACAAUGGAGCCCCUGGUCGCAGCUAUCGAUCAAGGCACAAGCUCGACGAGGUUUCUGGUGUUCAAUUCUAAAACGGCAGAGCUGCUUAGUCACCACCAGGUUGGGAUAAAGCAGAGUUUCCCUAAAGAGGGCUGGGUAGAAGAGGACCCUAAGGAGAUUCUUCAGUCAGUUUAUGAGUGUAUGGAGAGGACCUGUGAGAAGCUCGGCCAGCUCAACAUAGACAUCUCCAACAUUAAAGCUGUCGGCGUGACCAAUCAGAGAGAGACUACGCUGGUUUGGGACAAAGAGACGGGGGAACCGCUCUACAAUGCCAUUGUUUGGCUGGACCUUCGUACACAGUCCACAGUGGAGAGGCUGAUCAACAGCACCCCGGGAAAGAACAAGAACCAUCUGAAGCACAAGACCGGUCUGCCCAUCAGUACAUACUUCAGUGCUGUGAAGCUGCGUUGGCUCAUGGACAACGUGGAGGAGGUCGCCGAGGCUGUCCUGACACACAGAGCCAUGUUCGGCACCGUGGACUCCUGGCUUAUCUGGUGUCUGACAGGGGGGAAGAGUGGAGGGGUGCAUGUCACAGAUGUGACCAAUGCAAGUCGCACCAUGCUCUUCAAUAUACACACCCUGGACUGGGACUCCGAGCUCUGCAAAUAUUUUGAUGUCCCAAUGGAAAUUCUACCCCAAGUGAAGAGCUCCUCAGAAAUAUACGGUUCAAUGAACUCUGGUUCUCUGGCAGGAGUUCCCAUCUCCGGGUGUCUCGGGGACCAGUCCGCUGCUCUGGUUGGUCAGAUGUGCUUCCAGGAUGGACAGGCUAAAAACACGUAUGGAACUGGCUGCUUCCUGCUGAGAAACACAGGGAUCAAGCCAGUGAUGUCAGAUCACGGCCUCCUGACCACACUGGCCUAUAAACUGGGGAAGGACUCACCAGCCCACUACGCUCUCGAGGGGUCGGUGGCCAUAGCUGGCGCGGUGGUACGCUGGCUGAAAGAUAACCUGGGAAUCAUCCAAUCCUCCGCAGAGAUCGAGAAGCUGGCAGGUGAUGUGGGCUCAUCCUAUGGAUGUUACUUUGUUCCUGCCUUCUCUGGGCUGUACGCCCCCUACUGGGAGCCCAGUGCACGAGGUAUCAUCUGUGGCCUGACUCAGUUCACUAACAGAUCUCACCUGGCCUUCGCUGCGCUGGAGGCUGUCUGUUUUCAGACUAGAGAGAUCCUGGAGGCUAUGAAUCAGGAUUAUGGGGUUCCUUUGACCCAGCUCCAGGUGGAUGGAGGCAUGACCUCCAACAGACUACUGAUGCAGCUUCAAGCUGAUGUACUCUGCAUCCCCGUGGUGAAGCCGUCCAUGUCGGAGACCACGGCGCUGGGCGCUGCCAUGGCAGCAGGAGCAGCAGAGGGGGUGGGUGUCUGGAGUCUGACCCCUGGUAACCUCACAACCAUACCCACUGACAAAUACCAACCCCUGAUCAAUCCUGAGGAGAGUGAGUUCCGGUACGCACGAUGGAAGAAGGCCGUCCAGAAGGCCAUGAAUUGGGAGACCACGGAGCCCAUCGUCAGCAAUGGGAACGGCCCGGUCAGCAAUGGGAACGGCCCGGUCAGCAAUGGGAACGGCCCGGUCAGCAAUGGGAACGGCCCGGUCAGCAAUGGGAACGGCCCGGUCAGCAAUGGGAACGGCCCGGUCAGCAAUGGGAACGGCCCGGUCAGCAAUGGGAACGGCCCGGUCAGCAAUGGGAACGGCCCGGUCAGCAAUGGGAACGGCCCGGUCAGCAAUGGGAACGGCCCGGUCAGCAAUGGGAACGGCCCGGUCAGCAAUGGGAACGGCCCGGUCAGCAAUGGGAACGGCCCGGUCAGCAAUGGGAACGGCCCGGUCAGCAAUGGGAACGGCCCGGUCAGCAAUGGGAACGGCCCGGUCAGCAAUGGGAACGGCCCGGUCAGCAAUGGGAACGGACACCACUAGUAGGAUCUGAGCCAACACUAGGAACCGUUGAGGAUACAUAUGGAGUUGAAGAGAGGGGGAACAUACAGAAUGUAACACCCGUCCCUCCAAUAGGUCCACAUGGCACCUGCAUCUGAUGGCUGUUUGGGCAUGUUGUGGACUUUCCUCCUGAGAGCAUUCCUAGUCCACAUCCUGUUGCCUCCUGUACAUGUGCUCAGCCCUGUUCUCUUAGUCCCAUGGACAAGGGCCCUACCUGUGAACCUUUUAUCUUGGAAGAAUGGCCUAAAGAUGGAAUCAACUGAUGGAACUCGACUGUGUGUCUGAACUGUGAUGGAAGAGACUGAUUCUCCUGUGGAAGGAAAAAAAAAACAUCCAAUCGUGUCUUGUUUUCUAUGAAUUUAUUAAGCAGAUGAUAUUUUGUCAUAUGUUGUGCAUUUUGUCAUUUUAACAAAUGGUGACACUGUACAUUUAAAAAAAAAAUUACACUGGUUAGUAAUAGCGCCACCAUUGAACCAGUGUUGUGAGAAUGUUGUAGGCUACAUAUCUAUAAUGUGGAAUGGAAGGCCUGCUGAGAGAUGGUUUGCUACUCUGAUGAUCGUAGAUGUAUCUAGUUAUAUGUGGGUCCAUUUGAAGGAAUCUCUGUAUGAAAAGCAUCGCAGGGUCCUUACAGCACUUUAUAAUGAUUGCUUUACGUGUGGAGUGCAUGAUAUGAGUACGAUGCUCUGGAUUUUUAAAGGGACAUUUGUAUUUAAAAUAAUUAAUUAAUAAAAUACCGAUAAAGCUUUAAGGGGAUCAUCAGUGGAUAAUGAAAAGUCUGUGAAACAUAUUUACUUCUGAAGUUGUGGAAGUUUUAACUACAAAAUGCUUCAUAAGACCUGUUUGUCAGUCGUUCAAGAGAAAUAUAUUACUUCCUAAUUUUUGGUCAUGAAUUGUCUUGUCCUUACAGCACUUUUAUAAUGAUUGAUUUGCAUGUGGACUUCAUGGUAUGGGUACAGCACUUUAUAAUGAUUGAUUUGCAUGUGGACUUCAUGGUAUGGGUACAGCACUUUAAUGAUUGAUUUGCAUGUGGACUUCAUGGUAUGGGUACAGCACUUUACAAUGAUUGAUUUGCAUGUGGACUUCAUGGUAUGGGUACAGCACUUUAUAAUGAUUGAUUUGCAUGUGGACUUCAUGGUAUGGGUACAAUGCGCUAAUGUAAAUGUUAAAGCCAAUUAACAGUAAUGCUUUUUGCAAGAGAUGUAUUAUCAAUUGAUAAUGAAUUGGGGGGGGGAUCAAUGUGAAGGCCUGAAUUGGGGGGGAUCAAUGUGAAGGCCUGAAUUGGGGGGGGAUCCAUGUGAAGGCCUGAAUUGGGGGGGGAUCAAUGUGAAGGCCUGAAUUGGGGGGGAUCCAUGUGAAGGCCUGAAUUGGGGGGGGAUCAAUCUGAAGGCCUGAAUUGGGGGGGAUCAAUCUGAAGGCCUGAAUUGGGGGGGAUCAAUGUGAAGGCCUGAAUUGGGGGGGAUCAAUGUGAAGGCCAGAAAUAACAAAGUGACAGAGGAAUCUAAAUGUUAACUGUACAAGAUGAUCUGUUUUGGUUAUUAAUUUACUGAGAAAUGUCAACCUGUAAAAUUUGUUGUAAAGAGGAAAUGAAUCUGUCCAAUGUGCUUCAUAUCCCAAAUGGCUGCUUUUCAGACAUUGAUACAGAGAAGCAUGGUUUGGACCUUGUUAUGUAUAAUGAUCUUAUACAUAUUCUGUAAAAUCAAAUAUGUGUGGGUUUGUGGGUGGCCCUCAUUCUGUGUAUGGGAAGAAAAGGACCCUUAUCUUAAAGUUGUUUAAACAUGUUUUAAACUACACAAUUCAUUUAAAUUGUUUUUGUUGUAAUGUUUUAUUUGAUUUGUCCUUGUUUGUAUUUUCCUGAAAAAUGGGUUUGGGUGCCUCUAUUCUGUUGUGCAAAGAAGAAUGUGACAAUGCACAUUGCAAUAAAGUUUUACUUUUUAAAAA